GACCCGGACGAGCACGGGGCGUCCUGGAGGAGCGGAAGCGCCGGUCCCCGCAGGCGGCGCCGGGGGUGACGCUUAUCCGGAGCGCCGCCAGCCCGCCCGCCGUCCCAGCCCCUGCCCUUCACUGAGAGGGAGCCCAGGUGAUGGCAUCCAUGGCCCUGAAAGCCUGGCACCAGGAUACCCAAUUUGCAGACUUUGCCUGAUCUCACUUCUGGAGGGAGGGCAUUUGCCUUGGGUCCUGGAGGCACAGGAUGACCCACCUGCAGAGAGGACCACAGACUUCUCUAAAGAUCUCUGAGGAUCCCAGGUUAAAAAGCACCGCGCCGGAAGUAAAGACUAAGAACCACUGAGCGGCGCGCUCUGGCAUCCUAGAGAGGAAGCACGUGAGGCUUGGGCGACGUGGCCUUUGACGCACAUCCGGUCACGCCACACACGGCUUCUUCCCUGAGCCACUGCCCUUCACUGAGAGGAAUCCCAGGUGAUGGCAGCCAUGCCUUUGAAAGACUGGCACCAGGAGGUGGUGACCUUUGAAGACGUGGCUGUGUAUUUAACCCAGGCAGAAUGGGCUAUCCUUUCUUCCACACAGAGGGCCCUAUACAGAAGUGUGAUGCUGGAGACCUAUGGGAACUUGACAUCACUGGGAUACCCAGUUCUCAGACCUGCCCUGAUCUCACUUCUGGAGAGAGGGGAUUUGCCUUGGAGCCUGGAGGCACAGGAUGAGCCACCUGCAGAGAGGACCACACUCAUCUAUAAAGAUACUGAGGCCAACAUUGACAAUGAGUCCACAUCAACACAGGGAGUUUCUGAAGACACAGAUGUGAUGUCACAUGGUCUGCAGAAGAGUGUUCUUCAGAGAACCAGCUUCCUGGAAACAUAUAAACUGAAGAAGCACCAGGAAAUGUCCACAGUGAGAAAUGAUGGAGGAAAGGUUCCAAGAAUCCUCUGUGAUAGGAAACCCUUCAGAUGUGAGGAGUGUGGGAAAUGCUUCAGCUAUUUUCCUUACUAUGUUAGACACCGGAGAAUUCACACUGGGGAGAACCCCUUUGAGUGUAAUGAGUGUGGAAAAACCUUUACUGGCAAUUCCUCAUUAAUUUGGCAUCAAAGGAUCCACAAUGGAGAGAAACCCUAUCAGUGUGAGGAGUGUGGGAGAACCUUCAAUGAUAAUGCAGAUUUGAUCAGGCAUCAGAGAAUCCACAAUGGGGACAGACUGUAUCUCUGCAAGGAGUGUGGAAGUGGCUUCACCAGUAGUUCUGAGCUUGUUAUGCAUCAGCGAAUCCACACUAAGGAGAAACCUUUCAAGUGUAAUGAGUGUGGAAAAGCUUUUGCUGUUAAGUCAACAUUACGUCAGCAUCAGAGGAUCCACAAUGGAGAGAAAUCCUAUUCAUGUGCAGAGUGCGGGAAAUCCUUUACUGGCAAUUCUUCAUUAAUUCGGCAUCAGAGGAUCCACAAUGGAGAGAAACCCCAUCGGUGUGAGGAGUGUGGGAGAGCCUUCAGUGAUAAUGCACAUCUGAUCAGGCAUCAGAGAAUCCACAGUGGGGACAGACCCUAUCACUGCAAGGAGUGUGGAAAUAGCUUCACCAGUAAUUCUGAUUUGGUUAUACAUGAGAGAAUCCACACUGGAGAGAAACCUUACAAGUGUAAUGAGUGUGGAAAAGCUUUUGCUGUUAAGUCAACAUUACGACAGCAUCAGAGGAUCCACAAUGGAGAGAAACCCUAUCAGUGUGAGGUAUGUGGGAGAGCCUUCAGUGAUCAUGCAAAUCUGAUCAGGCAUCAGAGGAUCCACAAUGGAGAGAAACCCCAUCAGUGUGAGGUGUGUGGGAGAGCCUUCCGUGAUAAUGCAUAUCUGAUCAGGCAUCAGAGGAUCCACAAUGGAGAAAAACCCCAUCAGUGUGAGGAGUGUGGGAGAGCCUUCAGUGAUAAUGCAUAUCUGAUCAGACAUCAGAGGAUCCACAAUGGUGAGAAACCCCAUCAGUGUGAGGUGUGUGGAAGAGCCUUCAGUGAUCAUGCAAAUCUGAUCAGACAUCGGAGAAUCCAUAGCGGGGACAGACCCUAUCACUGUAAGGAGUGUGGAAAUGGCUUCACCAGUAGUUCUGACUUGGUUAAACAUCAGAGAAUCCACACUGGGGAGAAACCUUACAAGUGUAAUGAGUGUGGAAAAGCUUUUGCUGUUAAGUCAACAUUACGUCAACAUCAGAGGAUUCACAAUGGAGAGAAGCCUCAUCAGUGUGAGGUGUGUGGGAAAGCCUUCAGUGAUAAUGCAAAUCUUAUCAGGCACCAGAGAAUCCACAGUGGGGACAGACCCUAUCACUGCAAGGAGUGUGGAAAUGGCUUCGCAAGUAGUUCUGAUUUGAUUAAACAUCAGAGAGUCCACACUGGGGAGAAACCUUACAAGUGUAAUGAGUGUGGAAAAGCUUUUGCUGUUAAGUCAAAAUUACAUCAGCAUCAGAGGAUCCACAAUGGUGAGAAACCCCAUCAGUGUGAGGUGUGUGGGAGAGCCUUCAGUGAUAAUGCACAUCUAAUCAGACAUCAGAGAAUCCACAGUGGGGACAGACCCUAUCACUGCAAGGAGUGUGGAAAUGGCUUCACCAGUAGUUCUGAUUUGGUUAAACAUCAGAGAAUCCACACUGAGGAGAAACCUUACAAGUGUAAUGAGUGUGGAAGAGCUUUUGCUGUUAAGUCAGCAUUACAUCAGCAUCAGAGAAUCCACAAUGGAGAGAAACCCUAUCAGUGUGAGGUGUGUGGGAGAGCAUUCAAUUAUAAUGCAUAUCUGAUCAGGCAUCAGAGAAUCCACAGUGGGGACAGACCCUAUCACUGCAAGGAGUGUGGAAAUGGCUUCACCAGUAGUUAUGAUCUAAGCAGGCAUCAGAGAAUCCAUACUGGAGAGAAGCCGUAUCAGUGCAAAGAAUGUGGAAAUGGCUUCAGCUGCAGUUCUGCAUAUAUCACACAUCAGAGAGUCCACACUGGGGAAAAACCUUAUGAGUGUAAUGACUGUGGGAAGGCUUUCAAUGUCAAUGCAAAAUUAAUUCAACACCAGAGAAUCCACACUGGAGAGAAACCUUAUGAAUGUAACGAGUGUGGGAAAGGCUUCAGGUGCAGCUCCCAGCUUAGGCAGCAUCAGAGCAUCCACACUGGAGAGAAGCCCUAUCAGUGUAAGGAGUGUGGAAAAGCCUUCAGUAAUAAUGCAAAACUCAUUCAGCAUCAGAGAAUCCACACAGGUGAGAAACCCUAUGAGUGUACUGAAUGUGGAAAAGCCUUUAGUGUCAAAGGGAAGUUAAUCCAGCACCAGAGAAUCCACACAGGUGAGAAGCCCUAUGAGUGUAACGAAUGUGGGAAAGCCUUCCGGUGUAAUUCCCAGCUUCGGCAGCAUCUGAGAAUCCACACUGGGGAGAAGCCCUAUGAGUGUAAUGAGUGUGGAAAGGCCUUCAACGUCAACGCAAAACUAAUGCAACAUCAGAGGAUUCACACUGGGGAGAAGCCCUUUGAAUGUAAUGAGUGUGGGAAAUGCUUUACUUCUAAAAGAAACCUACUUGAUCAUCACCGAAUCCAUACAGGAGAAAGACCUUAUCAAUGUAAAGAAUGUGGGAAAGCCUUCAGUAUCAAUGCCAAACUAACUAGGCAUCAGAGAAUACACACUGGGGAGAAACCUUUCAAAUGUAUGGAAUGUGAGAAAGCAUUUAGCUGUAGUUCCGACUAUAUUGUACAUCAGAGAAUCCAUACUGGAGAGAAACCCUUUCAGUGUAAGGAGUGUGGAAAAGCCUUCCAUGUUAAUGCCCACUUAAUUCGGCAUCAGAGAAGCCACACCGGGGAGAAACCCUUCAGAUGUGUGGAGUGUGGCAAAGGCUUCAGCUAUAGUUCUGACUGUAUUAUACAUCAGACUGUCCAUACUUGGAAGAAACCCUAUAUGUGUAAUGUGUGUGGAAAAGCCUUCAGGUUUAACUUCCAACUCAGUCAGCAUCAGAGUGUCCAUAGUGAAGGAAAAUCCUAAUGAGAAAGACGUAGAAAAGUCUCAAGGCUAAUUCUAAACUGAAUCAGGUAUCAGAUUCACCCUGGUGGAAAACCCUGAGAGAAAUGAAUAUGGCAGAAUCUUCACAUGGAAACAAAUCAUUUUCAUUUUAUUCAAAUGUAAAUCAGGAAUGAUGACCACUUAAAAAGUAACAUUCAAAAACAAGUAGUUUGUUUUAUACCAACAACCAGUUAGAAAAUAUAAUGAAAGAAAAUAUCCCAUUCCCAACACCAUCAAGAGAAGUAGAUUUUCUAGUAAUAAAUAUAAUUAUUAUGCAGGACAUAUAUGAAGAAAUUAUAAAUGUCCACUGAGGGCUACAAAAAGAAACUUAAAUAAAUGGAGAAACAGAAGAAACCUCGUUCUUGGUUAGGAAAACUUACAAAGAUACUCAUUCUAUCUAAAUUUAUUUCCCUUUCAUUUUUGACAACCAGCAUGCAUCACUUUUGUAAAGAAG